UAAAGGCCGACCUGAUGUAUAUAUAUAGACUGAGAAGACGUAUGGGCACACCCUAGUUACCACGCGAGCAACACCCUCUCACGUAGACAACAUGUACCUUUCACGGGUGUUUCUUGGUUUUUUUACGUUCGUUACUGUCGUUUCUGCAUAUGUGAAUUGCUCUGGGGAUGCGGCAGAAGGCGAGAAAUGGUUAUCCAACACUGGCUACAAUUGGACUGUGCGUGAUGUGAAUCCCACGUGUAUUUUUGAUGAUUCUCUUAUUCAGAACGUUUCUGACUCAAACUGGAAUUCUGUUUUGGGUAAAGGAAACUGGAUUGUGGAGCUUACGACGAGCAACUGUCCCGUGUGCCCUUUUGUGAGGGCUUUGAUGAAUGACAUGUCCCACCAACUCUCUAACAUUACUGAGCUCCAUUUUGCUCGUGUUUACGCGGAAGAGAAUCUGAUGACGAGUACACGUCUGCUUGUAACGAAGCUUCCCAACAUUUUGUACAUUGUGAACAACACGGAGUUCCGUGUUCUUCCCUUUGAGUUCUUGACUCAUAAACUUCUUCGUGAUCUGUACACGUCUGCAAAGUUCACGCAAUUUAACAAGCGCGAUGGUUUCUUUUCCAUCGGUGGACCCUUGGCCCCGUUGUACAAAGUGAUCGGCAUUGUCUUGAAGAAGUACACAGACUUAACGAAAGGCAUUCCUCACAUUGUUAUGUCUAUUGGUGUUGGUGUCUUCAGCGGUUUCUUGUUGAACAUGAUGCAUUCUAAGAAAAAGCGUCAAUCUGGCGCUGCUAAAACGAAAUAGGGAAUGAAGACCAAAGCGGCUCAGCAACUGGGGGAGGAAACAACCCUGUAGAUGUCUGAGCAUGCCCGUCCUCACGAGAACACCCGCCAAGCUUACUGGUUGCGUUCAGUUGUCAUACACAUAUACACAUUUGGACCCUCCCUCUCUCCCUCUUCGCUAUACAAGACAAAUUCUCUUCUUCUCCCCUCUUCUCUCCUUCUCUCCUUCUCCCUCCAUGAGUUCUACUGAAUCUAUUUUGGACAAGCAAAGAAGGGCUUUGUAGAGUGAUGACGACUGUCGAGCGUGAAGGGAUCCCACUUUGUGGGCUGCUCGUUCUCAAUGUUUUCCACGGCAUGGCCCUCGUAGGCUUCAACGCUGAUGGGAAACGUGAGAUGUUGGAGGGGUUUGGUAUCGGCCGGAAUUUCAACGUCCUCGAGUGUGUGGAUGAUAUUCACACCGGUGUUCACCUUUUCCAUCAUGGCACGGGCAGCUUUGGGCUCGGAGGGCUGUUGGAAAACAGCCAAAUCGAGCAUCUGCUGGUACUGUUGUUCAGUAACUCCGGCGAUCGACGGUUUCCGGCAAACCAGUCGGAGAAGUGACACGUUUGAAGGCUUAAGACGCAACAUUCUUUCAAUCAACACUCAAUUGCCGCUCAGCUCGAUAGACACACUAGCCCUUGCUCUACGCUUUUCUUCCCUCCUGCAAGUCCUACUUAUGUGCGAGGCAGGGGCUAUGUUUUCGCCCGCGGGAAGCCGGAUGAACCCUACCCUAAAAUAUGUGACUGCUUUUUAUAAAACGUAUAUAUACGGGAGAGGAAGGAAGAGGACGGGAUUUUUUCUCCGUUCGACUCGUUAGACGGUAGUAUAUCGUAUUGAUCAC